UAAGCUACAGGACGGCUUGGCUAAUAUUGCGCGUACAGGAGACUAAGUAGCAUACAGUUCGCGUAGCCUAACCCGGGGUCUUGAUUUGAUCGAUCACUGCUAGCGUUGAUGGUUGAUCACUUUAUAUUAUAACUGAAAACAGACCAUCGCCUCAUUACUGAAUUUAUCUUGCUUGCAAAGAUAACUGAACAAACUGCAGAGGGACAGCGAUCCUCAUGAGUUGGCCUGGCGGAGCUCAGCGAUAUGGAUUUGACUAAAAUGGGUAUGAUUCAGCUGCAGAACCCCAGCCACCCCACUGCUCUACUGCAGAAGGCCAACCAGAUGCGCCUGGCCGGGACUCUGUGUGACGUGGUCAUCAUGGUGGACACCCAGGAGUUCCACGCCCACAGGACCGUGCUGGCCUGCACCAGCAAAAUGUUUGAGAUCCUGUUCCACCGUAACAGCCAGCAUUACACCCUGGACUUCCUGUCGCCAAAGACCUUCCAGCAGAUCCUGGAGUACGCCUACACCGCCACCCUCCAGGCCAAGGUGGAGGACCUGGACGACCUGCUCUACGCGGCCGAGAUCCUGGAGAUCGAGUACCUGGAGGAGCAAUGCCUGAAGAUCCUCGAGACCAUCCAGUCCUCGGACGACAACGACACGGAGGUCAGCAUGAACGACGGAGGGGGGGAGGACGAGGACGAGCGCAAGGGCCGCAGCGGAGGCAAGAACGCCAAGAAGCAUUCCAUGGAGGGGGGCUACCUUUCUGUGGCCCAGCAGGCCUCGGCCCUGGCCGGUAUGGUGGACCAGAGCCCGUCCGUCUCCACCUCCUUCAGCCUCUCCACCCUCAGCCCCACCAAAGCUGCGGUGGACAGCCUGAUGAGCAUCGGACAGUCUCUCCUCCAGCAGGGCUUCGGAGGAGACCACCUGACGCACGGGAACUCCCACCAGCAGUUCAUGAACGACAUCAAGACGGAGAUGAUGCAGGUGGACGAGGGGGGGAACGGCCACGAAAGCCCUCGCGCCGUGGAGUCCAGCGCCUCCAGCAACGGGGAGAGGAGCGGCGAGUCGGACCGCAACCGCGACGGGCCGGGGACGCCCACCAGGACCAGCGUGAUCACCAGCGCCCGCGAGCUGCACUACGUCAGGGAGGACGGCACGGCAGAGCUGCAGCCCGACCCGGCUCAGAUGGGCCUGGAGGCCAUGGCCGGCAUGACUGAGAAGCACCUGGCCUCGCUCUACUCCCUGCCUCCCAACCACAAGAACGAGGCCCUGAUGAUGCCGUCCUCCAUGGUCUCCUCCCUGCACGUGCCCAUGCCCAUGGACUUCAGCGCCUACGGGGGGCUGCUGCCCCAGAGCUUCAUCCAGAGAGAGUUCUUCAACAAGCUAGGAGAGCUGGCUGCCGGGAUCAAGACAGACAGCAGGAACCAGAACGAGCGAUGCAACGUGUGUGGGGCUGAGCUGCCUGACAACGAGGCUGUGGAGCAGCACAGGUAAGGAAGACUUGGGUUUUGGUUUUUUAUU